AUGCUUUUGGCUGUAUUUCAACUGCUAUGUUUGCUGAUCAUUCUCAGCGUAAUGCUUGGAACACAGUUGGCGGAAGCAAAAAGGCCUAAUAUUGUGUUCAUCAUAACGGAUGAUCAGGAUUUGCAUCUGGAUUCUCUGGAAUAUAUGCCUCGUGUGAAGAAAUACCUCACAAAUGAGGGCACAAUCUACAAAAGACAUUACUGCACUGUUGCAUUAUGCUGUCCGUCAAGAGUCAACCUAUGGACGGGAAAAGCAGCCCACAACACAAAUGUCACAGACGUCGUGCCUCCCUAUGGUGGAUAUCCUAAGUUUGUAAGUCAAGGUUACAAUACCGAUUACCUUCCUGUAUGGCUGCAGGAAGCUGGAUAUAAUACCUACUAUACGGGCAAGUUGUUCAAUUCGCACACCAUCGAGAACUACAACAACCCAGUUGCAGGAGGGUUCACGGGGUCGGACUUCCUGCUCGACCCAUACACUUAUUCAUAUUAUAAUGCGUCAUUUUCACGAAACGGUGAGAAACCUAUCAGCUUUACUGGACAGUAUUCGCCAGACGUCGUUGCGGAUAAGGCGUUUGGGUUCCUGGAGGAAGCUAUCUCGGACGAGAAACCUUUUUUCCUGGCAAUUGCUCCAAUUGCACCCCACAGUGAUGUUCAAAUGGGCAAACUUCAUUUUAAUGAACCUAAAUAUGCUCCAAGACACGCACAUCUAUUUAAAGAUUACAAAAUUCCUAGAACAAAGAACUUCAACCCCGACAAGCCAAGUGGAGCAAACUGGAUCGCAAACCUUCCACAGCUGAACGACACAGUAAUCAAAUACAACGAUGAAUUUGGACGUGCUCGCCUUCGCGCCCUCCAAUCCGUUGACGAGAUGGUCGAAGGGAUUGUCCAAAGACUCAGCGACAAUGGUGUCCUGGAUGACACUUAUAUCUUCUACACCAGUGACAACGGCUUUCACAUCGGUCAACACCGUAUGCAUCCCGGCAAGACAUGUGGCUACGAAACUGAUAUCAACAUUCCCCUAAUCGUACGAGGUCCGGGCAUCGGGGUUGGGAAAGUGCUUGACGCUGUGACUUCACACACCGAUCUCGCGCCUACGCUCUUGAAAAUCGCAGGAGCAGAACUUCGCCACGAUUUUGAUGGUCUACCUAUUCCAUUCACGGAGGAACAGAAGGGCAAAACCGAGCAUGUGAAUGUGGAAUAUUGGGGAAGGGGUAUCGCGGAGGGCAAGCACGGGACCGAAGGUGGUAGGUUUACUAUCUAUGCCAACAAUACAUACAAAGCACUUCGUCUUAUUGGCGAUACAUAUAACCUGUACUAUUCUGUUUGGUGUACUAACGAGACAGAGCUGUAUGAUAUGACGCGCGAUCCAGAACAAAUGCACAACCUCGCAGUCCCAGAACAACUUUCUUCAGAGUACAGAAUCUUGGGGCGGGGUAUCAAAGACAUCACAGCUCGUCUUGAUACUCUCAUGAUGGUUCUCAAGUCCUGCAAGGCAUCUUCUUGCACUGAUCCUUGGAAAGUGCUGCAUCCUCAAGGCGAUGUAUCGGAUCUCCCAAGCGCAUUAAAGUCAGGCUUAGAUACAUUCUAUGAAGAGCAACCGAAAGUUUCAUUCAGCAAAUGCGAGCCUGGGUACAUUGUCGAGAGUGAGGGACCCCAGGUUCCAUUUGUUUUUGGGCAAGGUGCAAGUCAUGGUGGUUUUCCUUUGCAGGACAGUAGCGAAAGUCAGAAUCCCUUGGAGUACGGGCAAGAUUGGAGCAUAUGGACAUGA